AUGAAGCCCACAGCCAUCCUCUUCACCCUGGUCACCCUCGCAGCCAGCACCCUCGCCGCCCCGCCCCCAUCGUACUCGUCCCCGCAGCUCGUCUCGCGCGAGGACCUGCUCGGCGGGGCCGUGCCCCCCCUCGCCCUCGGCACGCAGAGGGACGACAAGUCCGGCGCGGCCUACCUCAAGGUCUACGAGGAGACGCGCGCCGAGGACAAGGGCUGCACCGAGUGGCUGACCAUCGGCAAGGCGGGCGACGACCCCUGCGCCGCCGGGGCGUUCACCUUCGGCGGCGCCAAGCUGCGCUUCACGGGCUGCAACGCCGAGUACGGCAACCGGCCCGCCAAGCUCGAGCGCGUCGACGGCGGCGGCGGCGGCGCCACCAAGAAGAAGGGCGGCAAGAGCAGCAAGUGGGACAAGGUCGUGCGCGUCUGCUGGGACGCGGGCGCCGACGUCAAGUGCAAGGGCAAGAACACGCUCAAGCGGAUGAGCCAAUGCUACUAA